GGAGAGCUUUGCGCAUCGACAAGAUGGGUAAACGGCCAAUUUCUGACGUCGUCACCGAAGAGGGCGCGACCACUGCCCUCGAAAUCUCACGAAAGAAGAGCAAGAAAGACAAGAGCAAGAGGCUCAGCAAAUCCGCUACUGUUGACGCGACAGAGACAAAUGGCCACACGCACGAGGUGACAAACGGCAAGAGCGCGGACGAUUCCGAGGGCGAGGAGAAGCUGUCAAAGGCCGAGCGCAAGGCGGCGAAGAAGGCAAAGAAGGAAGCCAAAGAGGCAAAGAAGGCGAAGAAGGCUGCGGCAGAGACUGAGGCGCCCGACUCCAAUGGCGUCGCUGCUGAAGACGAGGAUGCCGUGAAGGCUGCGGAGAAGGCUGCACGAAAGGCAGAGAAGAAACGCCUCAAGGCAUUGGCUAAAGGCGAAGAAGCCGCCGAGUCCGCACCCUCAUCGAAGCCGCCACCAGCGGCGACCAACGUAGAGCCCGCAGCAGCCAACGGGACGAGCGCGGAGGCCGGGCAAUACGAGGAGAGCAGCGAGUUGACGCAGCUUCCUCAGUCGGAAAUCGAUGCUUUCCUCUCCAAGAACACCAUGACCAUUCAGGACCCCAAGCCCGCAGCCCGCACACUGCGUCCCAUCUUGAACUUCAAGUAUCUGCCCGUCGACGAUACCCUACGCGCCUUUUUCUGCAAGUUCACCGCGCCUACGCCUAUACAAGCAGCCACAUGGCCUUUCUUGCUCUCAGGAAGGGACAUGGUUGGUGUUGCUGAGACGGGUUCCGGCAAGACGCUUGCGUUUGGCGUACCUUGCGUGCGCAAUAUCGCCUUGCUGCCCAAGGACAAGCGAAAGGGUAUCAAGGCCGUCAUUGUCUCACCUACGCGUGAACUGGCGGUCCAGAUUUACGAUCAACUGGUAGCUUUGGCAACACCUGCUGGACUGUCGGUAGUUUGCGUAUACGGUGGUGUGCCAAAAGACCCGCAAGUGGCGGCUUGCCGCAAGGCGCACAUUGUUGUCGCUACACCAGGUCGCCUCAACGAUCUUAUUAGCGAUGGCUCUGCGGACCUCAGCAAAGCCGAGUACGUAGUCCUCGACGAGGCCGACCGCAUGCUUGACAAGGGGUUUGAAGAAGCAAUUCGACAGAUUAUCUCGCAGACGCCCAAGAAGCGGCAGACUCUGAUGUUCACCGCUACUUGGCCGCCUUCGGUUCGGGAUCUGGCGUCGACAUUCAUGAGCUCGCCGGUCAGGAUCACGAUCGGCGACAAUCAAUCGGGUGAGCUCCGCGCCAACGUGCGCAUUAAACAGGUCGUCGAGGUGUUAGAUACCCGCGCCAAGGAACAGCGUCUGCUGCAGCUGCUCCAGCAGUAUCAGUCGGGAAAAAACAAAGACGACCGUAUCCUUGUCUUCUGUUUGUUCAAAAAAGAAGCAGUGCGCAUUGAAAACUUUAUUCGCGUGAAGAAAUUCCGUGUGGGCGGCAUCCAUGGGGAUUUGAGCCAGGAAAAGCGCAGUGCCUCGCUCGCGGCUUUCAAGGAAGGCCAUGUGCCCCUGCUUGUGGCAACAGACGUGGCUGCUCGAGGGCUUGAUAUUCCGGCAGUUAAGCUGGUCAUCAACGUCACGUUUCCCUUGACAGCUGAGGACUAUGUGCACAGGAUUGGUAGGACGGGUCGUGCCGGAAAGGAAGGGCUGGCCAUUACGUUCUUCACAGAACAGGACAAGGCGCUCUCUGGCUCAUUGAUCAAUGUACUCAAGGCAGCGAAUCAGCCCGUACCGGAAGAUCUGAUGAAGUUUGGCACCACUGUCAAGAAGAAGGAACACGGAGCCUAUGGUGCCUUUUACAAAGACACUGAGAAUGCCAAGGCUGCGACGAAGAUUACUUUUGACUAGGAGCGAUAAUACUACAUGAAGUGUAUGUUGUUGCAUGAAUCAAGCUAAACAUUAGCGAAGAGUUUGGUCGCCGAGGUAGAAAGGACAGGCUGCAGCUGAUGCGGGGCCAUGAACCCGUGAAUACCUGAGCAUCUUUCUGUAACGGGGGCAUCUUGGAUCAUGUGCGUAGAAGCGAAAAGAAAAACACCAUAGUACCCGGCAUAUAGACAGUCAUGUUUGGCUAGUUUGCAUACGAC